AUGAUGGUGAAACAAACAACUUUGGAUCCGUCCCAAAACAGGGACCCGGCGGUAGCAAAGCGCGAUCUAGAUACAGCCGUUGGUAAGGUCUCGUCCGCGUCGAAAGGUUUCCCUGACCCCGGAGGCUCUGUGGCCAAAGAAUCAUAUGCAGAACCGGUUGACGAGCUCGGAAAGGUGUCAGAAGACCAGAUCGAAGACGCAGCCAAAUCGGAUACCUUCACAAAGCUUAUCACCUGA